CCUGCGUCUUCAUUGGCUGCUGUCCCUGGCCCCAGGCUGUCCGGGGAGGGAGGGAGCAGCGUUGGUGCCGGGGCUCCCACUUCCCUCUCCACCUCAGCAUGCUGGGGGACCAGAGCAGCCUCCCUGCAGACCGGGCUUUGCUCAGCCAGCCCCCCAAGACUGGACUCAGCUGCAAAAUGGUGCUGCAGGCAGUCGGCAGAGUGCUCAGGAAGUCCAAGGCGAAGCCCAAUGGGAAGAAGCCGGCGGCGGAGGGGAAGAAGGCGUACCUGGAGCCCGAGUGCGCCAGGGCCCGGAUCACCGACUGUGAGCUCAGGGAGCUGGUGCUGCUGCCCCGGGAGAUCGACCUCAAUGAGUGGCUAGCCAGCAACACCACCACGUUUUUCCACCACGUCAACCUGCAGUACAGCACCAUCUCGGAGUUCUGCACGGGGGAGGCGUGCCAGACCAUGGCCGUGUGCAACACACAGUACUACUGGCACGACGAGCGGGGGAAGAAGGUGAAGUGCACGGCCCCCCAGUACGUCGACUUCGUCAUGAGCUCUGUGCAGAAGCUGGUGACGGACGAAGACGUGUUCCCCACGAAGUACGGCCGGGCGUUCCCCAGCUCCUUCGAGGCCCAGGUGAGGAGGAUCUGCAGGCUCCUGUUCCACGUGCUGGCCCACAUCUACUCCUGCCACUUCAAGGAGACGCUGGCCCUCGAGCUGCACGGACACUUGAACACGCUGUACGUGCACUUCCUCCUCUUCGCCCGUGAGUUCAGCCUGCUGGACCCCAAGGAAACCGCCGUCAUGGACGACCUCACGGAGGCGCUGGACCGCUUGUCUCCAGCCCCGGAGCCGUGUGGCCCUCUGCGCCUACAGCCCACUGGGAACCUGGACCGUGAGGGCGGGCUCUGGGCGGGCAGUUCUCCCUGUGCCUGCCCUGCCUGUGCCACCUGCUGGCGCUCGGCCCCUGGGGGGACACACGUCGCACUCUUCCCCUCCCGCGCGGCCCCCAGCCCCGCCUGGCUUCGGUGGACGUACCGCGGUCAGUUUGGUCCCCAGCUUGCGGCUGCCAGUCCCGGCCGUGCAGGCAUCCGGAAUUUUAAUUUCGUGUCGGUGAGCGCCAGUACUACGGUGUUUGGCCUGGUUCCUGGUACAACCAGCAGAGAGCUGGUGUCAGACGUGGGGCUGCAGGAUGGGGCCCUUCCCCCUGGGCAGGGCGGUGUGGGUGGGCGGAGAGCGGGCAGGCCCAUCGGGGUCCUGUGA